CCUACCUAAUAAAAUCUCUUACAAAACAUUUAAAGUUUAAUGACACUCGUUUACAGUCGUACGUUUAAUGACGUUACUUCACUUUAUUGUGAAAAACGUUUAAUUUCGACGUUUUUUUUUCGUAUAAUGUUAGAUGCCUUGAAGCACGAACAGUCAGAACCAAAGCAGGUGGCUAGCUAGACUAGCUUCCUAAAAAAUUUACAGAUUGUCCUGCAUCACAGAUGUACAAGCAGAAUGCAGCUGUCUGUAAUAUAUGCUCAGGGGUCUAUGUUAACUCUUGCAAGACGUCUUCUGGAUUUCAGAAUAUUAAAGAUAAUAAGAAAGCAGCGGUACACCUCGACGUGCACUGUGAUCAGACACCGGUGGAUGAGAAAUGUGCCGGCAAUAUACACUUACAUCUCCCGGCAGUGCAGUUCUCAGAGCGAUAAGGAGCAGUUUGACAUGUCCAAGUUCCCUGUGGAGAACAUCCGAAAUUUUAGUAUCAUCGCCCACAUUGACCAUGGCAAAAGCACCCUGGCAGACAGACUACUGGAAAUUACUGGAGCGAUCGCCAAGACGGAGCGGAACAAGCAGGUCCUGGACAAACUGCAGGUGGAGAGAGAGAGGGGGAUCACCGUGAAGGCCCAGACUGCGUCCCUCCUCUAUGCCCACCAAGGGCACACUUAUCUGCUCAACCUCAUCGACACACCUGGGCAUGUUGACUUCAGCUAUGAGGUGUCCCGGUCUAUCUCAGCGUGCCAAGGAGUUCUCCUUGUAGUUGAUGCUAAUCAGGGGAUCCAAGCACAGACUGUUGCCAACUUCUACCUGGCUUUUGAAGCUCAACUGACCAUAAUACCGGUGAUUAACAAGAUCGAUCUGAAAAAUGCUGACCCAGAGCGGGUUGAGAAGCAGAUAGAAAAGGUGUUCGAUAUCCCAAAAGAAGACUGCAUAAGGAUUUCUGCCAAACUGGGCACCAAUGUCAGUAAAGUCCUUGAGGAAGUGGUGAAGCGAAUCCCCCCGCCAGUGGCCAACAAAGAUGACCCAUUCAAAGCCCUGGUGUUUGACUCUACCUUCGACCACUACCGUGGAGUGGUGGCCAACAUCGCCCUGUUCGGGGGCCAGGUCCGUAAGGGUGACCGGAUCAUGUCGGCUCACCUGGGAAAGACCUACGAGGUCAAUGAGCUGGGCAUCCUGAGACCGGAGGAGCACCCCACAGACAGGCUGUACGCAGGACAGGUGGGCUACGCAAUCGCGGGGAUGAAGGAGGUGAAGGAGGCGCAGAUUGGGGACACGCUCUUCCACCACAGACAUCCCGUAGAGCCGCUGCCAGGAUUCAAACCUGCGAAAGCCAUGGUGUUCGCCGGGAUGUACCCGGUGGACCAGUCAGACUACAGCACCCUCCGCAGUGCUGUUGAGAAACUGACCCUAAAUGAUUCAAGUGUGACAAUGCAGAGGGACAGUAGCCCAGCCCUGGGGGCUGGCUGGAGGUUGGGCUUUUUGGGCCUGCUCCACAUGGAGGUGUUCAACCAGCGUUUAGAGCAGGAGCACAACGCCUCAGUCAUCAUGACCGCACCAACAGUGCCCUACAAGGCUAUCCUUUCAUCUGCCAAGCUCAUUAAGGAAUAUGGAGAGGAGGAGAUCACCAUUGUUAACCCUGCCCAGUUUCCUGACAAGUCCCAGGUGACCGACUACCUGGAGCCCAUGGUUAUGGGCACCAUCAUCACCCCCGACGAGCAUAUUGGCAAGAUCGUUACCCUGUGCCUGAACCGCAGGGCAGUCCAGAAGAACAUGGUCUACAUCGAUGACAACAGGGUGAUGAUGAAAUACCUCUUCCCCUUGAAUGAAAUUGUGGUGGACUUCUAUGACCGCCUCAAAUCACUGUCCUCUGGAUAUUCCAGCUUUGACUAUGAAGAUGCAGGCUAUAUGCCUGCCGACCUGGUAAAGAUGGACAUCUUGUUGAAUGGCAGGCCAGUGGAAGAGCUCACCACUAUUGUUCACAAGGACAAAGCGUACGUUUCGGGCAAAGCGGUGUGUGAGCGGCUGAAGGACUCCAUACCGAGGCAGCUGUUCGAGAUCGCCGUUCAGGCGGCCAUCGGCAGCAAAAUCAUCGCAAGAGAGACGAUAAAAGCUUACAGGAAAAAUGUACUGGCAAAAUGUUAUGGAGGGGAUAUAACACGCAAAAUGAAGCUACUGAAAAAACAAGCAGAGGGCAAGAAGAAGAUGAGGCGAAUCGGAAAUGUGGAAGUUCCCAAGGACGCCUUCAUCAACGUUUUAAAACGGAACGAGAAAUGAGGACCAUCAGCCUCGAGUUACAUUUACAUUUCUUAAGAAAUGUAGCACUUGCUUAAAUCCAUCCUCAAAGGACAAAGCAACCUCCUACUAGACCGCAUCAAAGCCUUGGUUUAAGAAUCAAAAUUAUUUUUGAAUGUAUCAUUGUAAAUAAAAAUA